GACCGGGCAGGCGAGUUGGACGAGGGGCUGGGGGACGGGACUGGUGUGGCCAAGCCCAGUGGCAAUGGACUGACUGGGGCCAGCUUUGCUGAGGGUGGCUCUGCAGAGAGCAUGGCGCAGGCCUGCCGAAUCCACGCGCUGUUCCUUAUCCUGCACAGCGGGAACAUCCUGGACCAGAGUGCAGGCGAGCCGGGCUCCAAGCAGGCUGACGUGCAGACGCUGGCCGCCACCUUCGACACCGUCGCCCGCGUGCACUUCCCCGAGGCGCUGGGCCACGUGGCGCUGCGCCUGGUGCCCUGACCGCCCAUCUGCGCCGCUGCCUACGCCCUGGUCUCCAACCUCAGCCCCUACAGCCAUGAUAGGGACAGCCUGUCCAGCAGCCAGGACCACAUCCCACUGGCCGCCCUGCCCCUGCUGGCCACGUCCUCCGGGAGCUACCAGCACGCCGUGGCCACCACCAUCUCCCGUGCCAACCAGGCCCACAGCGCCUUCCUGCACUCCCCUGAGGGCUCCGGCUUCUGCGGCCAGGUGGUGCUGAUUGGUGACUGCGUGGGGGGCAUCCUGGGUUUUGAUGCCCUGUGCCAGAGCUGGGCAGGCACUGCGGGAAGCCGGAGCAGCAGCCGCCGGGGCAGCCUGACCAUGGAGCCGAUCUCCCCGGAGCUGGGCAGCAGGAAGGACCCGCUGGCCGAGGGGGCAGCGGGGACGGGACGGACCAGCCCCGAGCCCAGGGUGCUCCCGCCCCCCCAGGAGCAGAGCGACGUGGACUCUGUGCGCCAGCAGCACAAUUUCCUGUGCAGCCUGCAGGCCAGCGUCCCCCAGGGGGAGGUGGAGCUGCGGCGCAGCAGCUACUCCUCGGGCUCAGAACUGGAUGGGGGCGAGGGCACGGCCGCCCGCCUCGACUUCAAGGUGUCCGGCUUCUUCCUGUUCGGCUCGCCGCUGGGGCUGGUGCUAGCGCUGCGCAAGACGGUCAUGCCAGCCUUGGAUGUGGCCCAGAUGCACCCGGCCUGCGAGCAGAUCUACAACCUGUUCCACGCAGCCGACCCCUGCGCCUCGCGCCUGGAGCCCCUGCUGGCCAAGGCCUUCCACGCUGUGCCCCCCCUGGGCGUGCCUCGCUACCAGAAAUAUCCGCUGGGCGAUGGCACCUCUGCACUGCUGGCUGAGGCCUUGCAGACUCAUUCCGCCCUCUUCCUGGGUGACUUGGAGCUGACGGCGCCCACCACCCCUACCAGCUGCUUUGGGGGCUUCUGGAGAGGCAACGAGACAGGAGAGCCCCCCGCUCCCUCCAGCACCAGCGAGGUCGUCAAGAUCCUGGAGCGGUGGUGGGGCCCGAAGCGCAUUGACUACUCCCUGUACUGCCCCGACGCGCUGACCGCCUUCCCCACCAUCACCCUGCCGCACCUUUUCCAUGCCAGCUACUGGGAGUCCUCCGACGUGGUAGCCUUCAUCCUGCGCCAGGUGAUCGAGAAGGAGCGCCCCCAGCUGGCGGAGUGCGAGGAGAGCUCCAUCUACAGCCCCGCCAUCCCCCGCGAGAAGUGGCAGCGCAAGCGCACACAAGUGAAGAUUCGGAACGUGACGUCCAACCACCGAGCCAGCGACGUCAUCGUGUGCGAGGGGCGGCCCCAGGUGCUGAGCGGGCGCUUCAUGUACGGCCCCCUGGACGUGGUGACGCUGACCGGGGAGAAGGUGGACGUCUACAUCAUGACGCAGCCGCUGUCGGGGAAGUGGCUGCACUACGGCACCGAGGUGACCAGCAGCAGUGGGCGCCUGGCCUUCCUCAUCCCGCCCGACAAGGCGCUGGGCAUCGGCAUGUACCCCGUGCGCAUGGUGGUCAGAGGGGAUCACAGCUAUGCUGAGGCCUUCCUGACGGUAGUGGCACGCAGCACCGAGGCGGUUGUCUUCAGCAUCGAUGGCUCCUUCACGGCCAGCGUCUCCAUCAUGGGCAGCGACCCCAAGGUGCGGGCAGGCGCCGUCGAUGUUGUGCGGCACUGGCAGGACUCAGGGUACAUGAUCAUCUACGUGACGGGGCGGCCUGACAUGCAGAAGCACCGUGUGGUGGCCUGGCUGUCACAACACAACUUCCCGCACGGCGUCGUCUCCUUCUGCGACGGCCUCACCCACGACCCCCUGCGCCAGAAAGCUGCCUUCCUGCAAAGCCUGCGCACUGAGGCAGAGGUCACCAUUGUGGCUGGCUAUGGCUCCACGAAGGACAUCUCGGUCUACAGCUCCCUGGGGCUCUCGCCCACCCAGAUCUACAUCGUCGGGCGCACGGUCAAGAAGUUCCAGAACCAGUGCCAGGUAUGCGGGCACCAGGGGGUAUGAGUGGCAGUCCCCGGAGAAGGGACUGGCUGGCUCAGGGACUGGGACGUGGGGCCUUUCCCCUCUAGCAGGCCCUGGCUG